AUGUCAGUGGCAGUGAAGAGACGAAUCAGCGCUAAAGCCGAGUCCAUGAAGUGCCUCGGGCGUUCCCUGCGGCUCGUGCCUCACCUGCUGCUGUGUCUGUCUCUGGUCGCGUACGCGGCGCUGGGUGCGCUCAUGUUCGAGCACGUGGAGGGAAGCGGCGCGUCCACCGUCCAGCGUGACUACCACGACUUCAUUGGGGAGAUAGUCAGCACCGUCCAGAACCUCUCCAAAAACGCCUCCAUAGAUCCACACAUAGUGGAGAAAGUGAAGAAUAAGAUGUUUGAGUUUAAGUCCAUAUGGUUUCAGAGACCUGAGAGAUGGGAUUUUUUUGGCUCGAUGUUCUUCUGCUGCACUGUAUUCACAACAGUUGGGUAUGGGGAGAUCUAUCCGGUUACCUUGCCUGGUAAGGUGCUGUGUGUCUUGUAUGCCAUGGUGGGCAUCCCUCUCAUGCUUCUGGUCAUCCUCGAUGUGGGAGACUUCCUUGCUAUGCUGAUGACCAGAGCCUACAUGCGCAUUCACACCCUCAGCAAAACCCUCAGCUCCCACACUUGGUCACCGUGGAAAGCUCAGAAGAGGGCAGGGGACACAAGCCACCAGGCCAUGGAGGACGGUACCUUUUUUUUCAGCCAUGACGUUGUGUUCCAUGAGCCCCUCGACAUCCGGCAAGUACUUCAGAGCCAAGCAGAUGUACGGCAAAAGUCCAUCCAACUCCAAAACAACAAAGAGAUCUUUGAGAAGAUUCUCGCCAGGGAGAACUUGCUUAGAAAGAGCCCACUGCUCAGGACCCUUUCCUGCCCCGAGCUAGACCAGCUGCCACUUCCACCCAAAGGAUUUGCUAUUUGGGACUUUACAGGGUUAGGGGAUGGAAUGGAAAUGCUGGAUGUACCCUUUGUACUGAUUCUCUUCAUCGUGUUUGCCUACAUUUUUUUUGUCGGUUUGAUUUUGCCUUUGUGGGAAAAAGAAUUUGAGGGCUUUGACCCCUACUACUUUUGCUUUAUCACACUCACUACCAUUGGUUUUGGCGACAUUAUUCCCAAACACCCUAAGUACUUCAUGCUUACCUCACUUUUCAUCAUUGUCGGCAUGGCCAUCAUGUCCAUGGCUUUCAAGCUAGGCCAAACACGAAUUGUAAGCUGCUACCGCCAAUGCAUCAAGUUCAUCAGCAGGGAAAAUUUGGAGAACAGAAUCACUAAGUAA